CGACAAAUUAAAGGUGCAAGUGUAUUUACAACCUAGACGAACACUAACGACGACGUAAACAAUAUUUUGACAGCUGUCAGCGUCUUUUAAAUUUAAUGAUAUGGGAUUAAAAAAUUUCGUAAGAUAACUAACAGUUCAUUGAUGGCAUCUGGAAAAUCUAAAUCUGCAAAAGAAGUAACAUCGGUAUUUGGAACACUGGUGCGCGUUGCAGAACCAGAAGAUACAGGGGGGCCGACGUGUGUGCGGGUUAAAACCGUUAAGAAAUCCGGGAAAGAAGAGGAUGUGCAAGAGGAAAAUGGAGUGUUAUUUUGGGUGAAUAAAAGUGGAUUUCCAAUUGACGAUAAAACAUGGGAUAGAAUGUGGGAUCAUGUGGCUCGCAUACACCCAGACGGGUAUGAUGUUAUACACAAAGUGCGCGACAAAAAAGACUUGCCUUCAGUUCCUAUUCCACAAGCCCCUACAAAUUUCUCUGCAUCAGUUCCAAUUUCAGAGCGACUGGACAGAAUUCAAAACUACAUGAGGACCCUUCAGUAUAACCACACAGGAACACAGUUUUUUGAAAUACGAAAAAACAGACCUCUCUCAGGAUUGCUAGAAUCUGCAAAAGAAAUGAUCAAAGAAGCUUUGCCCAUCAAAUGUCUAGAAGCUGUGAUUUUAGGAAUAUAUCUAAGUAAUGGAUUUCUAGGUGUGGAGAGAUUUCCUCUUAGUUUUAAGAGUGUGUUUGGAGGAAAUGUACACAGGCACGUUGUGUUAGGGAUUUACUAUGCCGGCAGCUAUGGAACAAUUGGCAUGAGUCGGCGAGAGGACCUCAUGUACAAACCAGUAACAUUUAAAAGUCUUUCUGAUCUUGUGUUUGAUUAUGAAAAGUCAUAUAACAAAUUUAUGCAUGAUGUGAAGAAGGUUAAAGUUGGUAUGCCUAUUCCACAUGACCCCCACAGUUAUGAAUUCAUUAAUUGGAAGGCAGUUACCGUCAGCCCAAACAAAAUGACAAAGAAGGAAAUGACCAAAGAUCUCGAGUUCAUGGCCAAGGAGAUAAGAACAAGGUGUCAGGCUAACUGUGACCUUCCUCAGGUCAAACUUUACUCGUCUAGAUCUCAGGCUAAAUCUUGGACCAUUACGCUCCAUUCUCCUCGGAAAUCUUCCGUUGAAGCACCAAGAGAUACUCGCACUAGUCUACAGCAAGCAACUAAAAUAUAUAGGGCGCAUACUUCCAUCCCUGCUGAAUCUGGGACCAAGAAGAAACCACAGAGCACUGGUUCAUCCCAGACAACCUCUACAGUGGCAGACUCCUCAGACUACCAGCUUCGUAUUUAGUUUUACAAGCUUUGAAUUUAGACCUUCCAAAACAUUGUUGUAGAUAUGUUUACCCAAAACAUUAGCUUAAAAUUUACUAUCUACUGUACAAUACUUUUACAAGCUUUAAUGAAUUUAAUUUCUACAAAAGAUUCAACUUUACAUAUUAAUCUGUUUUGACCAGAUUAAUUUGGGUUUUUUUUUUUUUAUUGACAAACAAUCAUCUUGGAUGUGUUUUACUAUACAAAAGAUUUUAAUUGUAUAUAUAAUUUAAUAAAUCUUUGUCUGUAGCUUAAUUUGAACGACGGUAAAUCUUAGACAGAAUUUGCAAGUACAUGUAUUUUUUACAUCCUCAUUCAACUUUCUAAAUUUUGAUCAGACUUUUAUGUUUGGCAUAGCGCCAGAAGAACAAGUUAAAUGGACUAAAGAACCUAUUGCUCAUAAAGCGGAUCAGUCUUUACUACGGAAUAAGCUAAUAAAAUUAAAUUUGUUGAAUAAUAAACAUAUUUUUUAACUCACAUGUAUUAGUAAUUUUGUUGGUAUACUAGAUCUAGGUGAUCUGCAAUAUUUUGUACAUUUCCAUGACUACGAUUUGCAAGCAAUAGGUAUUUCAGAUCACAAGACCUCAUAUAAGAAAGUCUUCAAAUUCAAUGAUUGAUAAUAAGUGCCAAAUAAAUAUACAGCUUCUUGCUAUUAACUGUGAUGCAUGUGAAUAUCAAAUGAAAUAUUGUGUGAAGUGUUCGUAAUGAUUAAAGUAAAUUAAGGGAGAUGAUCCAUGUAUACCAAGGCCCAUCCUAGCCCAGUCAAUGCCCCCCUACCCCAUUCCAACAAACUACUAAGGAGAGUGAAUACUUUAACUUAUUCAAAAUGAGAGUGAAUCCUAAUUUUUCAAUUGAAACUAAAAGGAGGUAUUUUUUACCAUCUAAUCUUGCCACAAAAUAAUAUAUUUUUAUAAUAUCAGUUUAUGGUAUUUUUUUUAACCAUGCGAGGUAUUUUGAAAAAGCAAUUUAUACCCAUGUAGAUAUAAUCUUAAUUGUUCUGAUUAACCAUACUGUGUGUUAAUUUGUUAA